CUGCCCUGCUAACCCGAUUCUUUUUGGCUGCUGAAAUGUGCGCGUUUAGUGGAUUACUGUGCUGUUUGGUGCAGUUGCUUUGGAUUGUGAAUGGGUUUGGUUCCCCUAUCGAGCACAUAGACUUGGGGAGCUCGCGGGCUGCGGUCGUCUCCUUGGGAACGGAUCAGAAAAGCGACGCCGUUCUUCACACUAAUGGCGAGUUUCUGUCAUCCAGUGAUACGUUUCUGGAACAAGGGGAUAUUAGGAAGGAGAUACCAAGAAAUGCCACUGAUGUGAAAGAGAGAAUGUGGCCCAAAGAUGGCAACACCGUUAAAAUCCCAUAUUCCGUGUCGAAGCAAUACAAUGAGCAGAGCCUGGCCCUGGUCAAGCAAGCUUUCGCUGAAUUUGAGGAGGAUACCUGUAUCCGGUUCGUCCCAGUGACCACCGAGGAAGAUUACAUCGUCAUCAACCCUGUCACUCGGUGUUACUCAUCUGUGGGUCACGCUGGUGGCGGCCAGUUGGUUUCCCUGGGUCUGAACUGCCUCAAGCGAGACAUGGGAGUUGCUACACAUGUGCUCAUGCAUGUUCUGGGCUUCUGGCAUGAGCACACCAGAGUGAACCGUGACAAACGUAUCGCUGUGAAGCGGGAAAAUGUCUCGCCAGAACUCGCCAGUAACUUGAAGAUCCAUGAGGAAAACAUGCUAAAAAAUGACUACAAUUCCAUAUUGCACUACAGCCAGUAUGCCUUCUCUGUAAACCAGCAGCAAACUAUGACGCCCAUUCCUGACACCAACGUUCCUAUUCGUCAGAGGAAAGCUUUAAGCGAGAGCGAUAUAAAAAGAAUCAACAUGUGGUACAACUGUGAGAAUCCUCUAGCAGAUGGCGACCAGGGCCACAAGAACACUGACUCCCAUCUUCUGGUGGAAAAGCCGCUGAAAACAUCUGAGGGGGAUAUCUUGAAGCUUGGAGUCUCUCCCCCUGUGGCUACCCCAGUCUUUGCAGCUGCCAGAGAGACCACAGGCCCUGCCUCCAGCCCUCCGUUCUCGGCCUCGCACGCCUCCAGCCCUCCGGUCUCGGCCUCGCACGCCUCCAGCCCUCCAGUCUCAGCCUCGCACGCCUCCAGCACUGCGGUCUCAGCCUCGCACGCCUCCAGCACUGCGGUCUCGGCCUCCGGCACUCCGGUCUCGGCCUCGCACGCCUCCGGCACUCUGGUCUCGGCCUCGCACGCCUCCAGCACUCCGGUCUCGGCCUUGCACGCCUCCAGCCCUCCAGUCUCAGUCUCGCACGCCUCCAGCACUCCAGUCUCGGCCUCCAGCACUCCGGUCUCGGCCUCGCACGCCUCCGGCACUCCGGUCUCGGCCUCGCACGCCUCCGGCACUCCGGUCUCGGCCUCGCACGCCUCCAGCCCUCCAGUCUCGGCCUCGCACGCCUCCAGCACUGCGGUCUCGGCCUCCAGCACUCCGGUCUCGGCCUCGCACGCCUCCGGCACUCCGGUCUCGGCCUCGCACGCCUCCGGCACUCCGGUCUCGGCCUCGCACGCCUCUAGCCAAGCAAACUUGUCCACUGGUACUUCUACAGGACAUGACCAGACCACCCUCCAAUCCAAUGAGGUCAACCAGUCUCUGCCGCCCACCCCUUCCCCUCGACCUGCCUCUCUGUUCUGUAACUUUGAGCUUGACCUGUGUGGCUGGGAGAACUGCCGCAGCGGGGACUUCAACUGGCUGUUAAGGAGGGAGAGGCCGACUGAGUUUGAGACCCAGACUCUGCCUGAUGGCCAUGUUAGCUGCCGCAACUUUGCAGGGCAGUAUCUGUACCUGGAGGCAGUGUUUCCCCGGGAGAGUGGUGAAACUGCAGUCCUCAUCAGCCCAGUCUUUGAGGGACCCAAAUGCCUGUCCUUCUGGUACAGCCUGAUCGGAGAUGGCGUGGGUGCUCUCCAUCUGUAUGUGGCGUAUGUGAGCUCUCCAGACAGCUGGCACAAGCUGUGGUCUGCUAGUGGUGCCAUGCCCAGAAAGUGGUACUUUGAGGAAAUUGAUCUGUUUGUCAAACCUGAGGAGAAAUUCCAGAUUCUGCUGGAGGGAACCAUCAGCAACAACUACUGUGGUGAUGCUGCAAUAGAUGACUUAUCGGUCUCUGAGAACCGCUGCACGUCGUUCAAGAGGCUCCACAAGCGCCGCGAGCUGCCAGCUACCCCAGCACCUGAAGGGAGUCCCUCUGUGUCCGCUGCCCCAGUGCUGCCCCCUCCAGAGGUGCUGGAGACGCUGUUCUGUGACUUUGAGAAGGGGCUGUGCGGCUGGUCCCAGUGUACCAGUGAUGACUUUGACUGGGAGCUUCACCAAGAGAGACUGCCGCCCCUGCUCAGUGCCACGCAGCCAGACUCCCAGGGGAAGUGCCGCAACUUUGAAGAUAAUUCUGGAGGGGACAAUCGGAAACAAUCACUGUGGGGAUGUAGCUGUUGAUGACGUGUUUGUGACAGGACACCAUUGUGGCAAAGGAGACCCUGCACACACCACUGUCGCAAGGAAUAAAACAUUGUGAAACCUUAAUGUAAUUUAAAAUAUAUUUUGUAUUGACUAAUACAUUUAUGUGUAGUAAUGUUCCACUAUGCACAGCUCCAAACAAUUAAGCAGUUGUGUGUG